AGCAUUUAUAUUAUGAAUUGAACUGGUCUAUGUUUUAGAUUAAUUUGAAUCUGGAAAAUUAAUAGUAUUUUAUACUCUCAGUUGAGAUGAAUUAUUCUGAAAUCUGGACUAGUCAAAUAUGCUAUUAGAAUUAUUAAAUAAACUAUUGCUCAAUAAACUUUGGUUAUGAUUCCAAUUAUAUGAAACAAUAUUGAUGAACCUCAAAAAAUUAAAAACAGGUCUCCAAAUGAGGAAUGGCUUCUUAGCUUUAGGUAAAUAAAAUAGCAGAGCAUAAUGUUAAACUUAUAUUAUACAAAUGCAGCCUUUUUUUAUGGAUAAAUUAAGAAAUUUUAUUUCAAUAAUUUUAUUAUUAGAAAAUCAACCAAAACAGCCAAUUUCUUCAUUCAGCAAAUUAAAUUAACUGUCACGAGGAAGAUAGGCAUUCUUAACUGAAAUAAUUUUGAA